GUCUGCUGGUUUAACAGCGGUGUGAAGUGUUUUUGGCUCGCCACUUCAUCCCGUGAGCGUGGAGGACAAAGUUGUGUACCGCACGCGCUCGUCGCAACUUUCUGCCGUUGGCUAGAGCUCGCGCGCGUCUCCGCGACAACUCGCGGCUGUGUCAUUCACUCCUCAGCCUGCUCCUAUUUCACCCAGAGAAAAUCAUCUUUCUGAGAGCCUACAAUGGAGGAAGAUAACAACGUCCUACCUGAGUUGAAGGAUAUAGAGACUAAAUUAGGGCUGAAAGUCCCGGACAGUCUCUUUAGGUCGCUCGCGGGAGGAAAGCAUCACGACAAGCUCGAGAAGUCGGCAACGCCGCAUUUAGUCACCUGCAAACUGUAUGCUAAUAAUGCGGACUUGAAAAGACUGGAGAGCAAAAUGCUAUUCCUGAAACAAGAAAUGGCACAUCUGCGAGCCAUCGAUGUGAAGCUGAUGCAGCAGCUUAUGUCAAUCAACGAAGGCAUCGAGUCCAUCCGUUGGAUGAUAGAAGACAAAGGCGGCGUGGCCAGCCAAGACGGCAGCCUGACGGGCAGCUUGUACAGCCUGUCAGACAGCCAGGACGGUACCUCACUGCGAGGCAGCCUCAACAGCUUGAAUGAUGCUAACAGUGAUGGGUUAGAUAGUCUGUCUGUGGGUAGUUACCUGGACACUCUAGCAGAGGACCUCUCAGACAAUCCUUCACCCACGGAUCUUGACUGUUUUGUGGAUAAAACGGUUAUUGAUGGCGAUGGUUUCAGCAAAUCGCCACUGAAACUCAGGGUGGAAUCAGAUGAAUACUACUGCUUUGGAUAAUGAUAAGCUAAAUGUGGUUACAGAGACUACUGAGAUAUUAUGUGAAGACAGAUUUUUUAAAAAUGUGUUCUUCACUUUGACAAAUUAACACAGUUGUCAAAAAUUUUUCUCAUUAUAGCAGACUUACCAAAUGACUCCUGUUACUUUUCACCUUGAAACCAGCUUCCUUACAUUGUGGAUUGAACUCACCUCAGUAAACCAUUGCCACUUAAUGUCACACAAAAUGCAAGUGAAAACAUUAACACUGCUUCAUGUCUUAAUAUUUUAUCAUACAGGUCAAUUGAAUUGAAAAGGUGCUCUGUUUUGAUAUAAAAUAUGUAUUUAUUGUGGAGUUGUUCAGUACCUCAGCAGUUUGUCUUCAUGGUAAGAGUAUUCUUAGCCUAAAAUCACUGAAGAAAGGGUUAGUAAAAGUAGCAACAUGAGCUGAACUUAAAAGUUCCUUCUUUAUCUGUGGAAAAUUCAACUUCAACUUUGUGUUAGGUCAGCCACAAUCAGCUGAUCUAAAUGAAGGAGUAGAUUAGGAUUUAGCGGUCAUUUGGAAAAUUGGGCAUUUAAUGCUGAGUGAUUCAAGAGGGUAAACUGUUUAAAGUGGCAAGUUUAGGUGUUAAAACAAGUGCAAUUUGCUUCCAUGCCAAAUUCCGAGCACCACCUACUAUAAAUGUUAAGCUUUUAAUGAUUUUUACUUCAGUGUUUUGACUGAGGGAAGUUCGUGAGCUAAACCAUACUCUGCAAUAGUAGAACUUCCACAUCCACUCAAGAGAUUAGUAGCACAUUCAAAGCACAGAUGCUUGACUGAAAACCAAAGCUAUUUGAUUGUCUUAUAGAUAAUUUAGGCCCGAAGCAAAACCCCGUUAAUACCAGAUGGGAGAUUUGUUGAGGGUGAACAUAUGGGAAACACAUUUGCUUCGUGGGCACAUUUAAAUUCUGCUGUCAGAAAAAAAAAAGGUUUAACGAGAGCUAUACAUCACUGUACAUAACUUUGUUGUUUUAGCUUUAUGUUGAUUUGUUUGACAUUUGUAUUUUGUGCUGCCUGCUUUUGAAAGAAAAAAAUGUUUUUAUUGAUUUUUGUUUAAUUUGUUGUGGAAAUGAAAUAAUAUAUUGUGAUUUUCCUCCUGCUCA